AUGAGUUCCCUACCUCUCGACCCCGGCAUCCUCACUCUGACCUAUGCGGACGAUAUUGCCUUCUUCUCCUGCUCUCUAUCGCUGCAUACGCUACGUGAGAAACUGCAAGAAUAUCUCCUCGCGCUGUCGUCCUGGAUGCGUUCCGUCCACCUCACGUUGAACGUCCAGAAAUCUGCGGUCCUGGUGUUCCCCCAGACCAACUGGACUGGAAGAGCUGUGACCAUCAUUCUGGAUGUUGCCGGCCAGACCAUUCGCCAGACCAACCUGCUGCGCUACCUAGGCGUCUGGUAUGAUCACAUGCUUCACUGGGACCAUCAUGUGGAAGUCAUAAGCCAGAAGGCUUCGAAAGCAAUUGGCACAAUCCUCCGCAGCGCCAGCGCCCUCUGUGGUAUGCGCAGGAGCACCCUGCUCUUCCUGUACAAGUGCUACGUACGCCCAAUUCUUGAGUUUGGGUGUGUCGUCUUCUCGCACCUCCCCGACUACCGUCUGAGCAGGCUAUUCGCCGUAGAAAAAAGAGCCCUCCGCCUGUGCAUGGGCCUCCUCAAGUACACGGCCAACCAGAGCCCAUUAGCCACCAGACAGAACCAGUCUCUCAGGGAUCGGGCCCAGUGGAUCGCCCGGAGGUGGCGAAAAUCCAACACCCCGCAGCUCGUCUUUGUCGAAUCCCUUCUAGCCUCGCUGACUACUUCUCUGACUGCCCCUCCUGCGCCCAUCUGUCCGGUCUCGUCCAUGGCCCUGCGAGUUGUCGACGCGUUCCAGCGCGGCAUUGCCUACGCUCCGUCUCCCCGGCUUGAGGCCCUCCUCUCGGCGCACAUCAACCAGUUCCCAUCUCACGUUGUUGUCGCGACAGAUGCCUCGGUCUCGGCUCAGCUAGCGGGUGCCGGCGUCGUCUUCCCUCAGCUCGACUGUCAUUGCCCCAUCCGCCUCCCUGACUACACUCCCGUGUUCGAGAGCGAACUCCUCGCCAUGAUACUGGCUCUCAGAAUGGUGCCCCUUACAUUUCCCAGGAUCCUGCUUUUGUCCGACUCCCUGUCGGUCAUCACUGCCCUAGCCAGCCCCCCCAGCGAGUGGCUCGAGCUCCUGCAGGCCCUGAGUCCUAGCCACAUCACGGAGGUGGUCCUGACAUGGAUUCCUGGUCACUGUGGCCUAUCUCCCAACGAGUUGGCGGACAACCUUGCAAAAAUCUCCCUCUCUGGCCCUAUCAUUGACGUCCUUCCGCCCCUGCCCUCUAUCACGCGGGCCAGGUAUAGAAGGCUGCUGGAGCUGACCGCUCUCCGCUCACUGCCAGCCCGGAACGCCCAUCUUUCCCACGCUUGGCAGGCUGACCGCUGCGUCUCCUGUCAUGUAGAAGUCUUGCUGACUCGACUGCGCUGUCUAGCCCUUCCACUGAACUUUUAUCUGCACCGCGCGGGUGUCAGCCGCUCCCCUGCGUGCGUCCACUGCGGUCAAGAGGAAACUGUGGAGCACUUUCUCCUGCACUGCCCCCUCUACGACCGCUCCCGCCUUAGCUACCUUGCCCAGCCGCUGGCUAGACAAGGGGUUCCCCUCUCCCUGGACGCCAUCCUGUCAUUUGGAGCCUCCCACACCGAAAAAUGGCGGUUUGAAAUAGCGUCGAAAGCCGCCGCCUUUCUGACCAUCUGCGGCCGCUUCUGA